GAUACUGGAGACACAACCAGGCGAUCCCCGCCGCACUGUCUGCCGCCCGCCCUGCCCGGAGCCUCCACGGUCAAUGCCAAACCCAAUCGCCCCUGGGAGCAGCAGAAGAGACGUCUAUCCACCCCGUCGGGAAUAACCUAUUUACUAACCCUGAAUAGACCAAUUAAGCCUUUAUGGAUACGUUGUUACGACAAAGACCUAAGAAAUGGGCAUAGCCAACAUGGAAUUUGGAUUUGACGGGACCUUCGAAAAAAAUACCUAACGUUAGCUAGCUAGCUUGGAAGGUUAGCUAUCAAGGCUGCCUAACAUUAGCUAACGACCUAGCUAGCUAACGUUAGCUAGUUACCUGAAAGGGGAAAAUACGACAGUUGGACUUCUGUGGGCAAAAGGCCUGGGUUUGUUGUUCCCCAACACGUUUGUCUUUUAACAUAGUUAGCUACCUAUCGUAACAUUAAUGUUAGUUAGGUAACUUAGCAAGCUAAAUUGGCAGCUAACGUUAUGUCAACUAGCUGGCUAGUUGUCGAGAACUGACAGACUAAUAUUUGUUAGCAAGUUAGCUAGCUAACUAUUAGCAGGACAAUCUGACGCCGUUUUAUCACUAAGAUUCAUUUUUUCAAUGUGUUGUUCCAUACUGGACACUUCAGUUCAAGUGAUUGAGCUGACGUGAAAGAGAACGAGGUGUAUAAAGACAUAUAUACGUUUGGAGGAGCGGAGUUGAAGUUUAAAGAAAAUGUACAAUCGAGUGAACUCAAUGGCGGUGCUGAAGCAAAUCACGAUGCUGGCGUUCGGGCUGUGCGUGGUGGUCCUCCCUCCGGUCGCUGCUGACCAGCAGGAGGAGAGGGAAUGUGCCUUCACUGACCAGCAGCAACAGUGGGAGAUGGAGCGUGUGGCGGUGGGAGAGGGACGGGUUUCCCCAGAGAACACUACUAUCCGCUGUUCUAAAGGAUCACACUGCUUCGGCCUCUGGGAGAAGAGUCCUCCUGGAGACAUCAGGCUGGUCAAACAAGGUUGUUGGACUCACCUUGGCGACCAGCAGGAGUGUCGGGACGACCGUUGCCUGGUAACCAACCUGCCUCCUCAGAUCCAGAAUGGGACGUAUCACUUCUGCUGCUGUAGUACUGACAUGUGUAACGUCAACUUCACCGAGGACUUCCCCCUGCCCAGUCCCACUACAGCCCAGCCACUAUACCACCAGUUGCAGUGUGAAGAGACCAUAGUCAUCUCCUUGGCUAUCGUCUCCGUGCUGGCUGUCAUCAUCGUUGCUGCCUUUUUCGGUUACCGCAUGAUGCACAGAGGUGGUAAACAGGGACUUCAUAAUCUCAACAUGAUGGAAGCAGCUGGUUCUGAGAGCUCUCUGGACCUGGACAACCUCAAACAACUGGAGCUGAUUGGUCGAGGCCGGUACGGCUCGGUGUUCUGUGGUUCAUUGGACGAGCGCCAGGUGGCUGUGAAGGUGUUCAGCUCAGCCAAUCGGCAGAACUUCCUGAACGAGUGUUCUAUCUAUUUGCUCCCCCUGCUGGAGCAUGACAACAUCGCACACUUCAUCGCUGCCGACGAACGGCUGGGGGCCGAGGGCAGAGUGGAGUACCUUCUGGUCAUGGAUUACUACCCCCACGUAAGUACCUUUUACUGGGUUCUACUGGUUCCAGAUGGUUGGGGCAGCUGAUUCCCUUUGAUCUAAUGUGACAAACACCAGCUCUGGUCUCCCCCUCUGUGUCCUGGUGGAUUAUGAUGCAGUAAUACAGUAUAUAUCUCUCCCUCCAUCUCUCUCUCCC